GAGUGGAGGGUUAUGGGCUGAGUGCGGGUAGGUGGAACUAGGUGAGAUUAAGAGUUCAGCACGGACUAGGAGGGCCGAGAUGGCCUGUUUCCGUGCUGUGAUUGUUAUAUGGUUAUAUGGUUAACAGCAGAUUCCUAAUGCUCUUAGGCCAUUAGUCCUGUUCAGACAUGUAGUGUGAUCUAAUUUUAAGAACCUGGAUGGCUAUUUUAUUCAGCGGGUGUAGGCAGAGCUAGUUUGGCCCAUCCUCAUUGUCUGUACCUAUCUGGCCUCAGCUGGGUUCCUUACUAUACAAUGCAGAAAAUUGUUCUGGCAAGAAAUGCAUAUAAGGCAGAUUAGGAAUGUCGGUACCUUGGAAGAAGCCCAAAAAGCUACAGUAAGGCUCUAAUCUGGCAUGUAAUUGUUUGGAAGUCUUGAUGAUUUAGCACCUGGCUCGGUUAUCAGACUGUGUUGUACGCUAUAGGUUUGCAGUACAAUUGGGGUAUCUAGUCAAACCUUGACAGGUGGGGUUGGCUCAUUGUGUAUCUCCUGCCAGACUGUGGUCUGGGUGUGUGCCCAGAAAUAUGUGCAGUUUGGAUAGUUUAGCCUUCAGAAUGGAAUUGGAUAGACAUUUGAAGGGGAAGAGCUAUGGAAUAAAGUUAACUGAGUUUGUUUUUUUAAGACAACAGCACAGAUUCAGUGGGAUGAAUAGUAUUAUUCUGUGAUUCCAGUCACUAUUCUGCAGCUGAAGGGCCACUCUCUACCCCCAUCCUCCACCCCCCCCCCCCAUUGGGACCUGCUCAUUAGAUGAUCCGUCAGCUAACAACUUAUUUGCUAACAACACUCUUCUACACUCUUCCACCCAGAAACACAUGGCGGUGGGGAAAGCAUAGGAAAGAAAAGUAACCACACUCUUAAUGGCACCUUACUGAUUUUCCCCGACACAUUUAAAAAAAAUGCACAUGUUUGGGAAUCGAGUAAGAGCAAAGAACCAAUCACAGCUCCUUGAUUUUCCUGACCGUGAAGAACUUCCAGUUGACAGGAGUUACAGUGGCCACUGGUCUUUGGAACAAUAAUCCUAUAGAGAACGGACUCCAUGGAGGGGAUAAUUUUCUGAAUAAAUAAAUAGAUUGAUGGCUUUGCUUUCCCUCUAAAGAAAUGUUCUGAACAGUUCUUCUGUGACAUGUCAUGUGAGAAGUGGAAUGACAAACAGAGAUGGUAUUCGUGAUCCUGCUGAAAAUAAAUCUCUUGCCAGCACCGUGUCAGCAUUAGUUCCAUAUAUGUCUGAUGCCCCAUGACCUAGCUCCUGAGCAGAAGUAAACAAACCUUGCUGUGGCUUUUCUUAGCCUCUGAUGCAUAUUGGUAGCAAUUUUUCAUGGAAGUGUCUAACUGUUGUAAAGGGCAAUAACUCACCAGUAUUUCACCAUUGAUUUACAAGUAAAAGAUAUCCUUGUAUAUUGUGCACAAUCCUCAACAAAAGCCUCAUUAGGUUGAAUCUUGGAUGUGGAGUUGUCUCUGAGGAAGUGUUCCUUCUCCUCAAUGUAAUCCAAUACAGUGUCUGCCCUUCUUCCACCCCCCCCCCACAGACACACACAUAACCCUUUCCUCCAUGUUCUUGAUAGCCAUCUGCCACGAUAAUGUAGUUAAAUCCUUGUUCUGGUGGUCUCUAUGUGAUGCAUUCCACGUGUCACGCCUGGCAAACUUACUCUGUCCAAAGGAUUCCCUUUAGCACCUCGGGACCUUGUAAAUAUUGGCACUUUAUGAUUGGGGCAUCUUCCCUUACAUCAUCCCACUAAAUAUUGAUACAUUCUGAAGGACUUCCCUUUUAAAUAUGGACAUAUUUCUAAGCAUGCCCUCUAAACUUCCACACAACCUUUAUUUCCCUUUACAUACUCCUUGAGACUCCCUCUAAAUAUUGUGAUCUGUCUGGGACUUCCCUUUCAAUAAUGACCCAUGCUAAGGCACUUUCUAAGUUUCAACAAUCUCUGGGGGUCCUCUUUAAUGCUAACCAGUUUGUAGAGGUGCCCAUUAAAUAGAUGAAUGGCUGAAAAUUUAAAGUGAGUCCUUUUUGGAAACCCAUCUUGCCUCAGAGCAGUACCUUGCAAAUGUUUUCCCUUCCUCUCUGAAUGCCUUCACUCCUUUGUAAUGAGGGUAUUUGCUGAAACGCAAGAUAUUCCAUUGCCCCUCCCCACAUGUUACCCUUUGGGCACUGAGGCCAACAGCUCACGUGCACUACAAUAGCUUGGAACAUCUGAAUUAGACAAGGGUCAAAGUUUGUCCUUGGUCUCAGCUCGGUCCAGCUUCUUAGUCUAUGUUGAAGACAUUGGGUCUUGAUGUCUUUUAAUGAGUAAUUUUAUUCCAUGUUGCUCUUACCGCUAUAAAUCCUUGAUAGAAGCUACACAAUUGGGUAUAUUUAAAAUGGAGAUUGAUGGAUUUUUGGUUAAUUAGAGUGUCAAAUGUUAUGGGAGAAGGCAGGAAAAUGGGGUUGGGAGGGAAAAGAAAUCAGCUGUGAUUGAAUCUUAGAACAGAUCUAAUGGGCCGAACGGCCCAAUUCUGCUCCUACGUCCUAGUCUUGUAUUCUACCAUGUGACACCACAUUAAAGCGCUAACCAUGAUGCUUUAUUAAAUACGUCUGUUUGCACAUGAUCCAUAUUCCUUCAUUCCCUGAUAUGCUUGUCAGAAUACUACUUAAAUGCCACUUGUUUCCGUUUCUUCCUCUACCCCUUCCAUGCACCCAGCACUCUUGAGUUUUCAAAACAAAAUUACUGCACACAUCUCUUAAACUUUCCCCCUCUCACCAUAAAGUUAUAUUCUCUAGUAUUUGAGAUUCAUAUCUUGGGAAAAAGACAUUGAUUGUCUAUCCUAUCCCUGCCUCUGAUAAUUUUAUGAAACUCCAUUGGGUUUUUACUCACCCUCUGACACUUCGUAGAAAACAAUCUAAGUCCAUUGAUCACCUCUCCAUAAUAGAGGCAGGCCUUUUGGCCCAAAUAAUUUGUAAGAAGCUCCAUCUAGGUCUCUUCAGCAUCAGUUCUCCUUUGUUUUCCAUCGGCUGCUGUCCAGGAUAGCAUUUCCAGAUAAUAAGCACAUUGGGUAAAGGGGUUUCUCCCAAAUAAUUACAUUGUUGAGAAAGGAUUUAUUGGAGUAAAUUACAUUUUGAGUUGCCCCCAGCAUUAUUAUUGUUGGACAGAAAUGAUAUGCAGAGUGGCACAUUGCCAUUCUCGGUUGUAUCUUUGUCCUGUUGGUAUUAUUUUAACAAUGAGAGAACACAAGAAAUAAGCUCUUAUUAAGGAAAUGGUCCAUGAAAACAUUGUGCAAUAUUCACACUGGUGGUGUUGGACUCCCAGAUUAUCCAUUCCCGACCUGAAAUGUCAACUGUCCAUUUCCUUCCAUCGAUGCUGCCUGACCCAUUGAGUUCCUCCAGUGUUUUGUGUGUUGCUUCAGAUUCCAGCAUUUGUGGUCUCUUGUGUCUCCAGAUUGUCCAUACUAUUGGAUAAUAUUUCUCUUGAUAUCCCAGCAUAUUUCUUUCAACUAUAUGAGUUCAGCUGAAUGAAACAGCAUUCCCCUGGGACCAAGGUGCAAAACACACACAGUACUUCGAACACUGGAGGGCAGCACCAAUGGGAGAGGCCAGCCCCCAGCCAAGCACGGAUGCCACACUACACCGCCUUCAGCAUUUCCUCGCCUGGACUGCAGCAGCAGGAAAGCUUGUGGCUUGAGACCUGGUCCCCGCUAUAACCGAGGCUAUGCAGCCUUCACCCCACCUGUCUAACCACCAAACAAGGGAAACUGGCUUGCGGCAUCAUAUAUUAUCAAUGUCCACCAGGGUCUUGCGAUCGCAAGGGAAACGUUCUAAAUUUUCCAGUAAAUCAGAUAAGUUCAAAAGGAGCAUGUGAACAGAGAGGUCAGGUAUGUGGGAAGGGGAGUGUGUGAACUAGCUGCCCAAGUUAGGAAGUAAGUAUAAAUAACAUUACUUGAUCAGCCAGAUUACUAAACAGAUUAUCAGUUUUCACUGUACAUUAGCUCAGGACUUGGGACAGCAUUUCUUCCAAGGCAAAGAGAAAAGACUGCUUUGUGGUUUGAUACACCUUGUUAACAGAAGGAAGGAAACAAACUUCAUUUCCUUUAAGCGGCUUAGCUGGUGUCUGUGGAGAAAGAUAAGAAAUCCCAGAAGCAUAAUUUAAGUGGAGGGAAAGUCUAGCGGCAGUUUCUGUCUUCAUUGAAAAAGCAAUAGACUAUAAGAAGAUUAAUUUUUACACUCUGUCUCUGGAGUAAAAUUCAGAUUCAGUACACGACACCAGCACCUUUAGCUUCAGACAGGUACCUGAAUACAGAGAAAUGAGUUAAUUGGAGCAUCUGAUAUAGAUUCAUCAUAAAGAAUUGAUUGUGUUAAACUAUGAAUUAUGUUUUUUUGAAGAGAUCAUUACAUGAAAAAUGGUUGAUGGUUCCAAUUGUUACGUAAGUAUGGAUUUUGAUCACAUCACACUGGACAGUUGUUCCUGAGCUGGGAGCAUUCAUGCCUGGUUCCAAUCCCUGUUGGCUGGGCAUUACCCUCGAGUUUAGGCUAGCAGUCAGUUCCGUAUUGAGGGAGGUCCAUCCAGUUGAAAAUACACUCUUUCACUGGUUUGGGUGCAUGUACUCUAUUACACUGUUUUGAUGUGUAGAAAGUUAUCCCUGGGCUUUGAUCAGCAUCUCUCCUUAAACCAAGAAGAAGAGUUAUCUACUCAUUAUCACCUUGGUAUUUCCUGCGAGUGUACUCGCUGUAUUUUCAAAGUUUCAGAUUUUCAGAACUUCAUAGGCUGCACAGGGAUUAAGAUGCUAUCGAAAUGCAAAUUUGUUCAUUUGUUGAAUAAAGGUGUGGAAUCAGAGUGAGAUACAACAUGGCAACCAUAUCUAUGACUGAGUCCAUGCAAACCCAUCAGUCUCCUCCAUCUUAAUUGCAAUUUUUAUUUCCAGUCAACUCCCUCUGAAUUCCACUUCUCGUCUGUACGCAAGGAGCAAUAUACAGGCGUGAAUUAACCUACCAAUUUGUAUGUUUUUGGAAUGUGGGAGGAAACCAGAGCAUCCUGAGGAAACUCAGUUACAGGGAGGAUGUCCAAACUCCACACCGACAGGACCCAGGUCUAAGUUGAACCUGUGCCUCUAGCUUUGUGAGGAAUUGACUCUACUAGUUGUACCUUUAUGGAGUUCAGGUAAUUCAAAUUUCAAAAUACAUUUAUUAUCAAAGUACAUGUAUGUCACUAUGUUCUACCCUGAGAUUCAUUUUCUUGCAGGCAUUUACAGUAGACCAAAGAAGUACAAUAGAGUCAAGGAAAAACUACACACAAACACUGACAAACAACCAAUUGCAAAAGAAGAACAGUUGCUUAAUCAUCAGCCAGCUACGGGAGAUCACAGGAGUCCAUGAUAAUCGGUUGCUACAGAAGGCUCUCCAGGUCAGUAAUGGUGACAUAAAUCAGGCAGUGAGCUUCCUCACUGAUGAAAGUGCCAGGGAGCCAGAUUAUGGAGCAACAGCCACUGAACCGGACAGUGAGUGCAGUGGAACCACAGAUAACCACUCGCGUAGCAGUGUCAUUGACCUUACUGGUGAUGAAAAGGAGGACCUUCAAAAAGCGAUUGCACUGAGCCUGAAAGAAAGCAAUAAGCUGCAGAAGGACGCUGGGAUUGCCAUCGAGAAUCGGGACCCUAACCAAGCAGGCGAUGCAAAUGCUGCUGAGAGUAAAGCUGGCUUGAAAAGGAAGAGAUGUGAAGCGUGGGGUGAUUCUCCUAACCCACAUGAUCGUAAACGGGAGGAUCAGUGGCCAGUGGGACUCAAGAAUGUCGGGAAUACUUGCUGGUUCAGUGCCGUGAUACAGUCACUAUUCCAACUACCUGUGUUUCGUCGCCUUGUGCUGAGCUACAAGGUGCCAGAAAAUCCACACGAAAACUGCAGAAGCCGCACUGAGCUGCGAAACUUGGCCUUUAUGCAGGAACUUCGCUGUCUGUUUGCAUUGAUGGUUGCCUCCAAACGGAAGUAUGUUGAUCCUUCUAAUGCAGUAGAUCUUCUUAAAGAUGCAUUUCGGUCAGCUGAAGCACAGCAGGAUGUGAGUGAGUUUACACACAAACUCCUGGAUUGGUUGGAAGAUUCUUUCCAAUUGGCAGCAAGUACAAAAAAUUCAUGCAAAACGUCGCAAAAUCCAAUGGUGGAGCUCUUCUAUGGCACAUUUUUGGCUGAAGGCAUUCAUGACGGCAAGAUGUUCUCUAAUAUUGAAACGUUCGGACAGUAUCCUCUACAGGUUAAUGGAUUUAAUGAUCUCCAUGAGUGUCUGGAAGGAGCCAUGGUUGUUGGAGAGAUUGAGACUCUGCAUUCAGAUCAGUCAGUGAGAUCUGGCCAAGAGAACUGGUUUACAAAAUUGCCUCCUGUGCUGACUUUUGAACUCUCUAGAUUUGAGUUCAAUCAAUCCUUGGGAAGACCAGAAAAAAUUCACAAGAAACUGGAAUUUCCUCACAUCAUCUAUAUGGACAGGUAUCUACACAAGAACAAGGAACUGACUCGCAGCAGAAGGGAAGAGGUGAAGAAGCUCAAAGAACAAUCAACUGUCCUCCUGCAGCGAUUAGAAAGGUAUAUGAAUUAUGGGUCUGGUCCCAGUCGGUUCCCUCUGGCAGACAUGCUACAAUAUGUCUGGGAGUUUGCCAGCACUCAGCCAUCAAGCAUACCUCCUACUCAAGAUGCCACGAUUAUAUCACCUCCAAAGCCACAGCCUGACACGAACGUGGCCCUGCCGAUGCCAGUCAGUCACUCAGAAUUAAAUGCUGAAUUGCCUGGAAGUGCAAGCACCACAAGCACACCCCAGUUGCAGCGUGCAACCUUGCACAAGCCUUUCACCCAGACCAAGCCUCCCAUGGAAAUGCCUGCACACCCAGCACCCCGACACAUCACGGCCGAAGAGCUUACCUUCUUGGAGAACUGUCUUCAGCGCUGGAGGGCAGAGGUCGAACAUGAUAUUGCAGAUCUGAAGAACAAGAUCAUACAGAUCAAGCAUUCAAUUGAACAAAUGUACAUGGACAGUUUAAUGUGUCAGGUUCCUUAUCGGCUUCACGCAGUGCUUGUGCAUGAAGGCCAGGCUUCAGCUGGACACUAUUGGGCUUACAUCUAUGACCACAGCAAGAAAAUAUGGCUGAAGUACAAUGAUGUCUCAGUCUCUGUAUCGUCAUGGGAAGAACUGCAGAGAGAUUCAUAUGGAGGGUCACGGAAUGCUAGCGCAUAUUGCCUGAUGUACAUCAAUGAUAACUUACCUCAGCUUAUCGCUGAGGACACGGAUGUGGAAACAGGACAGAUUUUGAGAUCCAUCCAUGCCCUUCCACUUGAACUUGUGGAGUUUGUUCGUGAAGAUAACCAGCAUUUUCUGCAGGAACUGGAAGAGUGGAAUGAUGAGCAGGUCCGAAAAAUCCCACAAAAGGAACUGGUUCCAAUGCCACAGGUUCAGGAACCUACGGACAGUGCGACUGAAGAACAAACUGUUGCCAGUCAGCAGAGUACAUGUUCUGCCUCUGCCAAGCACGCUGUGAUGGUCAAGGAUCAGACAGCCCAAGCCAUUGAGAAAGCUGCAACGUCUUAUGAGAACGUUGGUGCUGAGGCUGCCCUGAAGGAGUCAGAACCAGGCCUGGAGACCAAGGAAACCAAAGAGAAGUCUGAGCCUGAGCUCAAGCCUGAAGCAGAGCAAUUGCCAGAGCCGGAGGCAGUCAGUGAGCAAGAGGAACAGUCUGAGCACACUGGUACCCAGAUAACAGAAGUGGACAUUCCGACUAUUGGAAAGGUUCAGGUUCGCCAUGAUGCUGAUGGCUACAACGAGGAGGAAAUGUUAAGUCCGGCUAUGCAGGGCAUCAUUCUAGCUAUUGCCAAGUCCAGACAAGUCUAUGACCGGGAUGGUGCUGAGGCAGGGUUAAGAAAGGCAUUCCACGAAGAGUACUCGCGGUUGUUUGAUUUGGCCAAGGACAAACCGACACCCCAGAAUGAUCCUCGACUGCAGCAUGUCCUGGUUUACUUUUUCCAGAACAAGGCUUCCAAGCGGGUGAUUGAGCGGACGCUCCUGGAGCAGUUUGCAGACAAAAACCUGAGUUAUGAUGAAAGGUCCAUAAGUAUAAUGAAAGUGGCACAGACAAAGCUCAAGCUUAUUGGACCCUCUGAUAUGGACAUGCAGGAAUAUAAGGAAUGGCACGAGGACUACAGCCUGUUUCGGAAAGUUUCUGUCUACUUCCUGACUGGACUCGAGUGCUACCAAAAUGGAAAAUGCCGUGAAUCCCUCACUUACUUGGUCCAUGCAUACCACAGCAACCUGAAGCUGUUGAAGAAUGGGAAAAAUCGAGGAGUUGAUGAGGCAUUGAUUGCAUUCUACAGGAGAAAGUGCCUUUUGGAGCUGAACGCAUAUGCAGCAAACCUGUUUGAAAGUGGCAGUGAGAGCGAUGUGGCGGAAGGAUUGAGUAUAAUGAAUGAUCUGGUCAUUCCCUGCAUGCACCUGAUUGUCACGAAUGAGCUCUCUAAAGAAGACCUGGCUGCAGUGGAGAUGAUGAGAAACCAUUGGUGCUCCUACCUUGGUGAAGACAUGGAUUCCCAUCUGCAGGAGAAACUCACUGAAUUCCUCCCGAGGCUUCUGGACUGUUCUGUAGAAGUUCGAAUCCUACGAGAGCCGCCAAAGAUCCGGCCAAACUCACCCCACGACCUGUGUAAUAGGUUUGCAGCAGUAAUGGAAUCCAUUCACAGCACUUCACCUGUCACUGUCAAAUAGUCCCUCCAUCUGAUAAGGCCAAAUGCGAUUUUCAAUUUUUCAUCCUUUGAAUUAUGUGGUCCUUGAGUCCCAAAGCAAUUCACAAGCAUUGAUCCUCUAUUUGUUACACCUGGUCAGAGAGAGUGGAGAAAUAGCAUUAGUUACAUGAAAUACUGGGCACAUUUGUUCUCAUGCAACUCUAAAUUUUGUAUUUGUUGUGCAAUAAAUACAAUUUGUAUUUUA